UAAAAACAGUAAAGAAACAAGCAAUAAAGGUUAGUGGAAGGAUGAAAUGUCUUCCCCUUUACCCCCACAAUUUCUUGCUGAAGAAUGUUCUGCCGAAAAUAAUUCUGUCACCCUAAGUUGGGUUUGUCAGCCUAAUGGGGCUUCUAUUGAAGGUUUUGUUCUUGAAUUAGACUCUGGCGAUGAUAAUUUUGAAGAAGUUUAUUGUGGACAAGAAUAUGCUUGUUCUGUGGAUGGUCUACAUUUCAAUACUUUUUACAAUGCGAGAUUAAAAGCUUUUAAUGCGGCAGGGGAAAGUACUUAUAGUGAACAAAUUUGUUUGCAGACUGCUCCAGUUGCUUGGUUUCAACUUAGCGAGGAUAAUUCAGCCGAAAAUUCUAAUGAACAACAACAAACUAUGAGGGAAAUACGUUCACAAAGUGUUGGGGGAAUAGUUAAUUCUGAAUUGUUGUUAUCGAAUAAUUGCUGUACAGUUACUGGAACGAGUAUGGAAUAUCGAACAAUUUUGGGUACAGUAACAUUCUCAAAAGGAGUUCAUUAUUGGGAGGUUAGUGUGGACAGAUAUGAUGGAAAUGCUGAUAUUGUAAUUGGAGUAGCCCAACCAUCGGUGAAUAGACAUGCAAUGCUUGGUAAAGAUGUACAUGGUUGGAGUAUGUAUGUUGAUGGAGAACGGUCUUGGUUUUUCCAUAACGAUACACACCAUGGAAGGAUGAGUGGAGGUGUUAAUGUUUGUGACUCUUUAAUUGGAGUUUUGAUGGAUUGUGAUAGGGGAACUCUUAGUUUUGCAAUAAAUGAAAGGCCUAUUUGUAUAGAUGCUUUUAAGUAA